AUGCAUCGACAAGCGAGUGUAGAAGAUGCAUACGAUUACUUAUUUAAAAUCGUUUUGAUCGGAGACUCUGGCGUCGGGAAAUCCAACCUGUUAUCAAGGUACACCAAAAAUGAAUUUCACCUCGGAUCUAAGGCAACGAUUGGAGUAGAGCUGGCCCAGAAGAAUAUUGAAGUAGACGGCAAAAAUAUUCGCGCACAAAUCUGGGAUACUGCAGGCAAGUCUUUUAAUUACUGCUCUUUCUUUGUAAAUGUACAAAAUUUAAAAAUAUAAUUAGAUUGCUUUUAAUUGUCCCACCGACAGAUCUGCUGUUCUAGAAAUAUAGGUAGCACUUUUCUAAAACUGAAAGGGGUUUCACCCCGUCAUAUCCUUAAGGCCCUACACUUUCUAGAUCUGAUUGUCAACUCAAGAAUAUUUGGUUUAAUUUAUUAAACUCUUCCGACACAUGAAAAGCGAACAAUAGAGAUGUAACAAGUACAAAAUUAAUGUGAUUUUAUUGCACUUAAAUCGAACUCCCACACAACGUUUCUUAAUAAAAAUUAGUUUGAUGUCUUCAAUAAAUUGUAAAUUAGGUCUCGAUACUAAACAGAAAUUUCUCGAUAAUUAUCGCUUCCUAGCCACCCGCUUAAACAUUAUUAGCUUUGAAAAUGCGUAAACAUGUUUCUUGUAUUGGUUCAUAAUAUAGAUGUACCUUUCUUAAUCUCUUAACUUUCAGGUGUAUCCAAUAUUUCAGUAAUAAAACUUCAAAUAAUUACCCGUACCUGAUAGAACAAAUAGAAUUAUUGGUUCAUAUGUACAACGCAUAAUUAAGUUUAGAGUAUUAUGCGAGUUCGGCAUUGAAGUGUAUAAAAAUCAAGGUCUUCAGAAACCCGUUCUUUUGCUAAUCUUUUAAAAAUCGCAAUAUUAUAUAGAUAAAAGUAACGCAUGUAGGCUGACAUUAUUAAUGACGUAUGUAUGUGUGCCGAAACUAUGAUUUUUGACGCGAAAUGUUUUGUUUUCAAAAGGAACCCUUUUCUAAAUUUACAUAACUAUGACAACUAUUUCAACUGUAGUCAAAAGACCUGAACAAAACAACUUACUGUAGCUUAACACUUGUCAAACGUGAUAUUUGCUUGGCUCCUUGUGUGUCCUCGACUUAGUGAGGUCUCUUUUUUGGUGUGCAAGAUUGAAAUGUAACGAUAAAUGGUAUGCACAAUGUAUAAGUUCACUGUUUUCCUUGGAAUAUACUUAUCAGUUUGGACAUUCAUUUAACAUUCAUUUGACAUUCAUUUUCUUGUGGUGGAAAUUAAAAGUUCAAAAAAUAAAAAACAGUGCAUAACAGGAUUGAGAACUAUAAAUAACCUUUUAUGUAACAGCAAGAGUUUAUUUAAGUGACUGUCUAACGCAUACAAACUAGUCACGAUCCUGGCGGGUAUGGUCUUGGAGCCAUUUUUUCACCAACACAUGGCGGUGUUUUUACGGUCGCCACGGUGUAUGGAAUCGGAGUUACGUCAUCAGACUCGAAAGUUCCCGAUCGUACCACAGGCCUUCACAGAUUAUCUGGAAAUCACUGCUUUAGAGAAUUUUUGUUUAGGACAGAACUAAACAACAAAAGCGCAAUCUUUUAUGCGUGUACGUAAUCAAUAAACUAGCUCGUAGAAAGUUUAGGGUCCGGGAACAAAAAAAUUGCUUACGGUUCAAAAAAUACAGAGCAAACCACGGCCUACAUACUUACAGCUUCAACUUGAAAUGAUGACUAUCCAACUUGCGCAUGUUUCCUAAAGAACUAACAGAAAAUUUUGGCUAGAGCUGAAAAAUGUCCUACAAGAAAAAUGAUAAAUAAAUUUUGCAUUUCUUUAGAAGAGGAGGACAAAGGAAAGAUGAGUGUGCCCUGAUACUAUUAAUACUUUCUCUGAUAAUCAUGUGAAAACGAUUGCUAUAUAUAUAUUGCUAUACCAAGUAGAUACUUGACAUACUUGUCCUUGAUAACUUUUCCUGAAAAUCUUGUUUUGGACUCUCUCUCUCUGUAGGCCAAGAACGAUACCGGGCUAUCACAAGCGCUUACUACCGUGGAGCCCUGGGAGCCAUUUUGGUAUACGAUAUUGCUAAGGUGACGUCAUUUCAGAACCUCGACAAGUGGAUUGCUGAACUUAAACAGCAUACUGAUGCUAACUUGUGUAUCAUUAUAGUUGGCAAUAAAUCGGACCUCAAGCAUCUUAGAAUAGUAGAAACAAAGAGAGGCCAGAAAUUUGCUACCGAUCACGGCGUGUUAUUCAUGGAGACCUCUGCGCUGGAUUCCACGAACGUUAGGGAGGCAUUUGAAGACCUCGUCAUGGAAAUUUACGAAGGAGUUAAGGAACGAGAAAAGGCAAAACCACGAAAAAAUACGCUGCCACCCCCGCCCGAACAAUUAAAGGAUGCAAUUCAAAAUGGAAUGAAUGGGUCUGUUAAUCUAACGAGUGAAGAGGGCGAGAAGGGAAAACAUCGGAAAAAUAAACUGCCUUGUUGCUCUACUUAA